UCUGAAGAAAAUAUGAAUCUAAAAUUACAGAUAAAUAUACAACUUGAUCUUCAGUGUGACUGACCGAUUGUUAUUCUAUCAACAAAAACCUCAUAAGACAAACAUUAGUAACUUUCAUGUGUAUAUUUAAAUAAUUUUUUCCUGUAAAUCUAAAAUGUGUAUGAUAUGGAACCACUAUUGGGUCAACAGCACAAUCAUGUAGACUUAAGCCAGCCAUUUAUGAUGCUAUGCAGAAGUUAUUCAUGUCGCAUAGAGGCCAAGAAGAGAGAUCUAUCAAUGUAAUUAUGUUGAGAGUUGAAACAAACUACCCCCAUAUUUCUGCUAACAGCCACUGUGUGUGUGUGUGUGUGUGUGUGUGUGUGUGUGUGUGUGUGUUAAAACGUCAGCUUGGGAACAGUUGUCCCUUAUCAUGUUGCAUUCCUUCUGCGUGUCAUCAUCAUCGGCUCCUCUAGUACUGCUUUGUCUAUGUUCAGGGUGACAUCCACCAACACCCUCCCUCAAACUAUCAAGGGUUUUCUAAAAUUCAGAUUGUGUCCAAAGGGGUUAGAACGGAGAGGAUCUACAUUUAUCUGGGGUCGAAGAUAAAUAGAUAAAAUAGUCGCGUUAAGACUUGAAGAGUUGAGCUUCAAUAAAGGAGGCAGCCUCAAGCAGUGGGGGUGAUGCUCGAUUCUUACCCUCCUCCCAUGGGUGUCUGUUGGGAUGGAGGUCCAGCACCAGCUGAUGGGCUUUGCGCUGCAGCCCAGCAGGACACAUUGGCAUCUCUUCCCAUUACCACUGCACACCCGGCCAUCCAGCUUUGGGACCAUGGGGAUUGCCUUUUUAGGAGACACCUGAUCGCAGCAAAGCGCCUUGCUACCAGACACAAAGAAGCUGUGGCUGACAACCUGAUGCUUGCGUGCUUGCGUGCGUGCGUGCGUGUGCGUUAGCCCGCCCUCUGGUAGUCUGUGUAUGCGAGCAGACAACUGAUGGGAACCUAGACGAGAGCUUUGAGGGCGGUAGAGCUUGUGAUGUAGUGAAGACCGAGGUUCUCACCAGCUCCACGUCAACUGGAACGAGUCAAAUUGUGAGAGCUGAUAAAGCUAUUUGAGUAUUUUUCGAGUGUGUUGAGGCGACAACGUGAAGCUGAAUGCAGUGAGUGUGCCAGAAGCCAAUUUUUUUUUUUUCAGCCGGGUGAGCCAACCUGAGCGGAGCGCAGUGUCAUGGAGAAAUUCAAGGCAGCCAUGGUGCUGGGUGGCGUUGGCGAUGCCUUGGGCUCCCGAAAGGGCCGUUGGGAAGGCUGCAUCUCGGGCAAGAAGAUCCAAGACGAACUGGCCUCUCUGGGGGGACUCGGGGCGCAGAAACUGGACCCUGAUAACUGGCCCCUGAGUGAUGCAGCGCUGAUGCACAUCACCACAGCGGAAGCACUGGUAACAGAUUACUGGUGUCUGGAGGAUCUGUACCGGGAGCUGGUGCGCGUCUACGUUGAAGCCAUUGUGUCUCUCCAGGGCAGAGCUCCUGAUCCUGCCACAGUGGAGAACUGUGUUCACCUCAAACCCCACAACUUCCUCCUCGCCUGGCACACACCCUUCAAUGAAAAAGGGUCUGGCUUUGGGGCAGCUGCCAAGGCCAUGUGUGUGGGUAUGAGAUACUGGCAACCGGAGCGAAUAGACAACCUGGUGGAGGUCAGCAUUGAGAUCGGCAGAAUGACCCACAACCACCCCACAGGAUUUCUGGGCUCCAUGACGACGGCGCUGUUUGCAUCCUAUGCGAUCCAGGGGAAAGCUGUUGUGAUGUGGGGCCGCGAGCUCAUGAAGGUCAUCCCUCGGGCUCAGGAGUAUUGCAGGAAGACGAUACGGCACAUGUCGGAGUAUCAGGAAAACUGGUUCUACUUUGAGGCCAAGUGGCAGUUCUACCUUGAAGAAAAAGAGAUAGAGAAGGAAGGACAGAACAAACCUUUGUUCCCUGAUCGCUAUGAUGCUGAGGAGACGGACAAAAUAUACAAGCGCUGGAGCUCAGAGGGCCGAGCGGGGCGCAGAGGCCACGACGCCCCGAUGAUAGCCUACGAUGCCCUUCUGGCAGCCGGGAGCGACUGGGCCGAGCUGUGUAAACGGGCCAUGUUCCAUGGAGGUGAAAGUGAAGCCACAGGCCUGAUCGCGGGGUGCCUCUUUGGCCUCAUGAACGGCCUGGAUCAGGUUCCCCGAGGACUGUUCCAGGAUUUGGACAAAAGAGAACGUCUGGAGGAGCUGGGAGAAAAGCUUUACAAAGCAGCGUCUGCAGAGAAGUGCAUGGACAAACCAGAUUGUCGGAAAACCAGCAUCUGCCCUGAUGCCAGUAUGUUGAGGAAGCUGGUUAGAGACCGCCACUGCCGCCCCGUUCUCCGAGGGAUUCUGGAGAGUCUUCUGCAUUACCUCACACAGGAUCGGCCCGGGACCACCAGGAACAGACCGCCGGAGAAUCCAGGAUCAGAUAUUAUCAUUAAAAGAAACACAUAUUGGCCCGAUCAGAGAGUUCAGCAGGUUUGCACUGUUGUUCUGGUCCCUGAAAAGCAUAAAGUGAACCAUGGGAGAAAAUAUUGGACAGAUCCACAAAAAGACACCUAUGGAAGGGAGCCAAAUGAAGGAGGAUUAAUACAAAGGCCUCUUACCACAUUCCAGCUCCUCAAAUCCAAAUUCAUACGGUCCACAGCCAAACCGCCCGUGACCCACCAAAGGGAGGUUGGAACGCUGUCCUCCAGCAGAGGAGCGGCCGGGAAAGUCAACCGCUGCCAAGACCGUGAGCGUGACAUUCACAAGACGGAGCGCUCCAGAAGAGAUCAAGGGCUGAAGAUGGGGGGCAGAGUGAAAGAUAUUGUAGCAAAGUUUGCCAUGGCGGAGCAAAAGGAAAAGGGAGCGAGCACGCUGCAGAAAGAGCCGGUCAAACAGAGUAUUGCUGGAAGAGGGAGCCUGCUUUCCUCCUUGAUGGAGAGGUUUGAGUCCAUGGCCACUGUUUGCACGAGAUGUGACUUGAAAUGUUCACCUGAAAAGCCGCCUGCUGGAGUCAAGGUGACCGGAAGCGUGAGACAGAGAGUACCGUGUCAUGAGAGUAAGCUCCAGCAAGCGCCAACGCAAACUGCCCACAGACGACACCACCGCAAGCAGCUGAAAAGUACAUCCCUGAUGGGAAAUCAAACUACAAAUGGGCAGGAACAAAAACAACAGCAGGCAGAGGCCGCUUUAGAAAAAAUCAACUCAAACCUGGAAGAAAAGAAAUGUUUAAAAGCAGCGCAAAUGAGACAAAACCGCAGCCAGUCGGCCUCGGAUCAACAUUCUGACACUCACUGCUCAUUAAACCUCAGGAAAGAUCAACCUCGUGAUAGCGAUGUUAUUGGUCGGAGGGCGGACGAACGUGGUGAAAUUCACACCAGAGGAGAAGAAACUAGCAUGAGACACAAUCUGAAACAUGCACAUCUAGAGCUGCUGUGUUCAACGUGCGUCACCGAGCAGUCGCUCCCCGAGCCUCACAGACUUGUCCCACAGGUAGAAGCCCACGUCACGUGUCAUGUGGCGACCGCCGUGACCUGCAGUCCUGUGUGGUCCACGUGUGUAGAUUCCUCUCCUGCACUACAUUCUCUUCAGAGAAGGUCGCCAAAGUACGUCAUCCCAUGCGAGUGUAAAUUUGAACGAGACGUCGAGGAUUCCUCCCCUCGGCCGGCGUUGCACACUGGAACUGAGACUCCUUCGGUUGCGGUGCCACCGUCACAAUACGACGCUUCUAUCGUGGCUUUCAUUGCAGGAUCGGCUGCAAGGGGGAUUAUUAGUUGUCCUCCUGAUAACAUGAAGGCGCAAACCCCGACAAGGACAAAAGAGAUAGCAACGCACCCUCAAUCGCAUGAACAAGACAGGGAGGUCGGUAAGGCAGGAGACAAAGUAAAUACAAUGGAAAUAAAAGACACAAGUGCGUUGCAAUGUUUUAAACCUCCCGAGGUCACUGCCUGUGAGGCUGCAUUUGAAGAGGGAGAGACGUCUGCCGUGACAUCACCGGAGAUCCAGCGUGAGAGAGACAAUGCAAAGCAGAGACCAAAAUACAAAACAAUCAACUACGGGGAUCCUUCAAUCAAGCAAACAUUUAAACCCAAAGUCAUUCGGUUUACCGACACCUUUACUUUCUAGGUUGGUCCUGUCGAACACACAGUGAUGCAUCCGUGUCUGACGGCCUCAUCGGUUUCCUCCCACGGAUACAAGAAGUUCCAAUCAAGAUCUUGGCUACUCUCAAUGUAGCUUCAUACGUCAACAGCAGAAAAAGUGUAUAGACAGUUACAGCUUCAAAAAAGCCAUUGGAGCAACAAGUGGAACUAGUGUUUUUGUUCAAAAAGCUAAUACACGGUAUAAAUAAUGGGCCACGAUGGCUCAUGCAAAAACCUGUGCAAAUGCUUAUAUUUUGUAUAUGUUUGUAUCAACAUUGUUGAUUCAAAGAUUAUUUAACAUUUUGAUAGGCUUAUAUUAAAAGCCAUUUGGUACAUUUGUUUAGUAAUUCCUAAAUGCCUAGAGUAUAAAUAUAAGAAUAAAAAAGUUCACUUUCGUCCAAAGACUUGACGACUAUUGUUUAAUUGUUUUACAAAAGUCAGUGUCAGACUUGGAAGUACAAAAACGAGAUUACCCGUAAACAGUUUUACAUUUUGACGGUGUUAUUCAAAAUAAAUCUGUUAAUCUGUCCGUCCAAUUAUCCAGGGCCAGGUCCAGACGCCUCUCUCCGCGGCUGCGUCUCCCAGCUCCUCAUGGCGGGACGUUCCAAAGCCAAAUGAUUUCAUUCUCAGUGUCAGGCUGUUUAACUGCAUGCAGUAUUAUUUACAACAAUGUCUCUCAUUUUCUUUCUCUAUAACUAAAAGCAGCAACAAACUGUUUUUAAAUAAACAUCCAAUUACUAUGACUGCCUGCUUUUAAAGCUGCUUAAU